AUGAUCGGUCGCCGCCUCUUCCUCGCCUCCACGGCCGCCUUGUAUGCCGCAGCUCCCAGCCUCGCCAAGGCAUUUACCUCCUCAAUAGGUGGGACUAGGGAAUACACACUCUCGAUUGGAGAGAUUGGCGUGAACUUCACCGGUUCACCAUCGCGCGCACUGGCGGUGAAUGGCCAAAUACCCGGGCCAGCUCUCCGGUUCGUGGAUGGUGAGGACGUCGUGAUCCAUGUCACCAACAAUCUGGAUGUCAUGUCCUCUAUUCACUGGCACGGACUGCUGGUUCCACCCGAGAUGGACGGCGUGCCGGGCAUCAGCUUUGAUGGCAUCCCACCCGGCGAAACGUUCACCUAUCGCUUUCCCAUCCGGCAGGCUGGCACCUAUUGGUACCACUCCCAUUCUGCUUAUCAGGAACAGCAGGGCGUCUAUGGUCCGCUCAUCAUCGAACCGCGUAAGGCCGAUCCAGCACCCUUUGACCGCGAGCACACAAUUAUCCUAUCCGACUGGCUCGACACAGAUCCUGCCGAUGUGCACGCCAACCUCAAAUCGAUGAGCGAUUAUUACAAUUACGCGCAGCGCACACUGGGUGACUUUUUGGACUUUGCUUCUGACGAAGGUCUGAACCUUGCCACCAACGAACGGCUCGCCUGGGGAAAUAUGCGUAUGACGCCCACCGACCUGUCAGAUGUGAGUGGCUAUACAUUCCUGAUGAAUGGACAGACCAAUGACCGACCUUGGUUUGGCGAAAUUAGUCCCGGCGAACGCGUGCGGCUUCGCUUCAUCAAUGCGGGCGCCAUGAGCUAUUUCGACAUUCGGAUUCCCGGUCCCAGAAUGACCGUCGUUGAGGCAGACGGUCAGGCGGUCCGACCUGUCCCUGUGGACGAGUUUCGCAUUGCGGUCGCUGAAACCUAUGACGUGAUUGUCGAACCGCAGGACGAUAAGGCCUACCAAAUCAUAGCCGAAGCGCUCGACCGGUCUGGUUUUUCCAUUGGUCAACUAGGCGGGCUUCAAGGAGCACCGAUGAUCCUUCCCUCCCCCCGUCCACGCAGUUUUUUGUCCAUGGACGAUAUGGGAGGCGAUCAUGGAAAUAUGAACCAUGGAGGCAUGCCUGCAGAAAUUCAGAUAGACCACGCUGCUAUGGGCCAUUCGAUGCCUAUGGCAACAGAGAUGGACCACGCCGCCAUGGGUCACGCGAGCCCCAUGGAAAUGGCCGCGCCAGCCAUCACCCGUGACAAUGAACAUGUGCCACCGGUCGAUGCGCCGGGGGGUGCUCGGGUAUUGACCUAUCAGGACCUUGUGGCGCUGGAACCGAAUGAUGACCUGCGGGUGCCAGACAAAGAACUCACCAUGACCCUUGGCGGAAAUAUGGAGCGCUAUAUCUGGACGCUCAACGGCGACAAGUUUUCUGAAGCAACACCCAUCUAUCUGGACUAUGGCCAGCGGGUUCGCAUCACCUAUGUGAACGAAACGAUGAUGAAUCAUCCCAUGCAUCUUCACGGCAUGUUCGUAGAGCUGGAAAAUGGGCAGCCGCCAGAGACACGCCCCCGCAAGCAUAUUGUCAAUGUAGGCCCCGGGCGGCGCUACUCCGUCACAUUUACGGCGGACGAAGCCGGUGAGUGGGCCUUCCAUUGCCACCUGCUCUACCACAUGGCAUCGGGCAUGAUGUCGAAGGUGGUGGUGUCUCGGGUGAAUGCGGAGCUCAGCCAAUGA